AUGUUGAAGCUCGCCGUUUUCGUCGGAUUGGUUGGAUUUGUGGUGGGGUACGAUUUUAAGGAUUCGUUCUACAAUGAGGUUCUGCUAGAGGGUUUGCUCGAGGAAGCAGAUGAGCCUUCCAUGUUGGGUCGUUUCCGUCGUUCGCCGUCCGAUGUGCUGGACGAUAAGUGCAAGCGUCGUUACAAGUGCUGCAACGAUGCCAACAACGAGAAUCUGGACAAAAUCCACGAAAUCAAGAAGCAGUGCUUCACGGAAGUACGCAACAAGAACAAGGCCGACGGAGCAUACGAACCGGUGGACUUUUUCUCCUGCGAGCGAUUGAACAAAACCAAGUCGGAUGUUAUCUGCGCCAUGGAGUGUGUUGGACGGAAGAAAGAAGUCAUCAACGACGACGGCACGCUGAUCGAAAGCAAGCUGAUGGAGUUCGUGAAGAGCAACUUUGCGUCGGACGACUGGCAGCAGCCGCUGCUGGCCGGACACAUUCAAACGUGCGUGAAGGAAGCGAAGGAUAAGGCAGCGAAAAACCCCCGGGAGGCCGGCCAGUGCAACUCGGAAACGUCCAACUUUGGGUACUGUAUGUGGCGCCAGCUGGCGCUUGCUUGUCCCAAGGAUAAGCAGGUCGCCAAUCGGCGUUGUGAUCGCAUCCGGGAGAAGCUGGCCAACAAUGAACCGCUUCACUACUACAAGGCUGAGCUAGACGAUAUGUAA